AUGACAGUUUGGACCAACUCCAACACCUUGAGGGAACAACUUGCCAAUUAUAUUCCCCCUUCGCAAUUCCAUUUCCAUAUGGCAAGAUGCGCUCACUUACUUCAGCCUUGUUGGCGGUAGCCCCAGUGGCUUUUGCCAGUCAAUCAACCUUCAGUGUACAUGAUGAUAUACUGGCAUAUCCACAAGUAUGUCCCAACUCCCCCUCCGCUUUGCGCCUCACUAACAAUGCAUAGUAUGAAGUGAUCUUUUCCGAGUCGCCAAUAUCGGACACGGCAGCGAAGCUCAUUGUUGAACAAGCCUCCUCUCACGUCCGCGAAACCGCCCCGAGUUCGAGUACUGGUAUCGAAUCUCGUAACCAUGCAACCAAAGAACCAGACAAAGCCGACGAGGACCGACCUUUCGACCCCGCCAAAGAGACCUUUGAGAUUAUGAAGUUGGAUGGAGAGCAAUAUUUAUGUACAAUACCAAUCGUCGAUACCCCUCCAAGAAACGAAACGGCAGAAGCAGAAGCAAAGGCUGCACAGCAGAAGGAACUGGCACGCGCUUCAGACCGGGGAUGGGAGUUACUUCAAGAUCUAGAAGGGAAUUGCUUAUAUUUUGUUGACGGAUGGUGGUCAUAUGCUUUUUGUUACAAUUCACAACUCACACAAUUCCACCAAUUACCCCCUCAACCCGGAAAGCCCGCUCUCCCACCCGUUCGCGAUACCAACACCAAAGAAUUCGUGCUAGGUCGAGCAAAGAAACCCAAGGCCAAAUCCGAUGAAUGGAGUAAUGCCGUCUCCCCACAGAAGUCUUCCCGACACGAUGCCCCCAAAACCGAGCUCCAAGUCAAGGGAGAUACCAGAUACCUCGUACAAAGAAUGGAAGAAGGAACCAUCUGCGAUCUCACAGGCAAACCACGACAGGUCGAGAUCCAAUUCCACUGCAGCCCCCAAAUCACCGACCGAAUCGGAUACAUCAAGGAAGUACAAACUUGCUCAUACCUGCUGGUUGUCUACACCCCUCGUCUCUGCAACGACGUCGCAUUCAUGCCCCCCAAAAGCGACGUCGCCCACCCCAUAAACUGCCGAACCAUCAUCCCCUCCUCGGAAAUUGAGACGGAAACCGCCCUCAAAGCCGCCCUCGCCUCCGUCGAAGCCGAGAUCAAAGCCGCGACCCCCACCAAAUCCUCAACACCCAGAGUCAACGUCGGUGGACUCAUCCUCGGCGGCGGACGAUGGGCAACGAAAGAUGGGUCGAAACUUGCGAUUCCUUCCAACUUUGGCGUGGAGAAUUUCGGCAAGCAGGUCGAGAUCAUUGCCAAGGCGAAGAGUAAAUCCGAGGGUGGACAGGUGGAGAUGGCGAGUCCCGAGGAGUUGAAGAAGAUGGAUUUGGACCCCGAGAUGGUGAUGGAGUUGCGGACGGAGGUGGAGAAGAUGGCGAAGGAGAAGGGGUGGCAGAUUCGGGUCGUGGACCAGGCGGGGGAGGAGAGAGCUAUUUUUGGGAUCUUGGAUUCGGAUGAUGAUGAUAAGGAUUCUUCUGAUGGUGGGGAUGGGGAAGGGAAGAAGGGGAGUGCUGGUGCUGGUUCUGGUGCGGGAGAGAAGAGGAAGGAGAAGGAGAAGGAAAAUGAAAAGGAAGAAGAGAGUGAAGUGGGGAGUGAAGAGGUCUUCAAGGAUGAGUUAUGA